AUGGAGAAUGAGAGUGAUAAGAGGAAGGGAGGAGUGGCAAUGUUCAGUCUCUGCAUGGUUGAAAGUGAAGCUGAUGAGGUGAAUUUGCAUGGUGUCACAAGCCUUGGUUUAAAACAAGCCUUGGACUUUGCAUACACUGGACAGAUCCUCUUGGAACCAGGGGUCAUACAGGAUGUCCUAUCAGCUGGGAGUCAUUUGCAGCUGCUGGAGCUUCUCAGUUUGUGUUCUCACUAUCUCAUUCAGGAACUAAAUAGUUUUAAUUACUUGGACCUGUAUAAGCUUGCGGAUCUCUUCAACCUCACUUUGUUGGAGAAUGCAGUGGUUGACUUCUUAGUAAAACAUCUCUCAGAGCUAUUGAAGAGUCAUCCUGAAGAAGUUCUGGCACUCCCAUACUGUCUUCUUCGAGAGGUUUUUAAAAGCGAUAGACUCACUUCACUCAGUGAAGAACAAAUCUGGCAGCUGGCUGUGAGGUGGUUGGAACACAACUGCCGCUACCAGUACAUGGAUGAACUUCUCCAGUAUGUCCGCUUUGGCCUUAUGGAUGUGGAUACACUGCAUACUGUAGCUCUUUCUCAUCCUCUUGUCCAAGCUAGUGAAACUGCGACGGCACUCAUUAACGAGGCCUUGGCUUACCACCAGAGCGUCUACGCACAGCCAGUUUGGCAAACCAGAAGGACAAAACCUCGCUUCCAGUCAGACACUCUUUACAUUAUUGGUGGGAAAAAACGUGAAAUCUGUAAAGUGAAGGAAUUGCGAUACUUCAAUCCGGUAGAUCAAGAGAACGUUCACAUCGCAGGGAUCGCAAACUGGAGCGAGCUAGCGCCUAUGCCUGUAGGGAGAAGCCACCACUGUGUUGCUGUCAUGGGAGACUUUCUUUUUGUAGCCGGUGGAGAGGCAGAGCACUCCACAGGGCGCACCUGUGCGGUGAGGACUGCCUGUCGAUACGACCCCCGCACUAACUCUUGGGCUGAGAUAGCUCCAAUGAAGAACUGUCGGGAACACUUUGUGCUGGGAGCGGUGGACGAGUACCUCUAUGCAGUAGGGGGCAGAAAUGAAUUGCGUCAAGUGUUACCUACAGUGGAACGUUAUUGCCCCAAGAAGAACAAGUGGACCUUUGUACAGUCCUUUGACCGAUCGCUCUCAUGCCAUGCAGGAUAUGUGGUGGAUGGUCUUCUUUGGAUAUCAGGUAGAAAACGUUUCACACACUUUGAG